UCUAACAUUUGAAAUAUAAAGUAUUCCCUCCAAAGAUGUAGCUAAAAAAAUCGCAACUUGGGCGACCCGUUAAUUAUAUAGACUUGGGAAGUGGAUAAAAUCCGUACUCUCGUCUUCCCUCGAGCUCAGCGCAGCUGCAGCCAGAGAUUAACCCAACAAUGUUGGCAAACCCUUGCGGCCUCCAUUUCAGACCAUGCUGUUCCCACGCCUCCGAAUUCUCUCAUUUUGGGACAUCCAAAAUCUCUCUAUCUUCCUAUUGCCCUCGCUUUCAGGCUUCCAGGAAACCCAACUCGUCUUCUCUGUCAAUUCUUCGCAGUAACAGAAAUGGCAGGAAAUUCGUUACGAGGGCUCUUACGGAAUCUGCAGUAGCGAGCGAUGGAGCGCCUGGUUCUUUGCGGCCUUUCUCGGUCAAAAUUCCUGUUGGGGAUAGAUAUAUUUUGGUUGAGACGGGCCAUAUUGGGAGACAAGCUAGUAGUGCUGUUACAGUAACUGAUGGAGAAACUAUUGUUUAUACAUCUGUUUGUUUGGCUGAUACUCCGAGCGAACCUUCAGAUUUCUUUCCUCUUUCUGUUAAUUAUCAAGAACGUUUUUCUGCAGCAGGUCGGACUAGUGGAGGGUUCUUCAAACGAGAAGGAAGAGCAAGAGAUCAUGAGGUUCUCAUUUGUAGAUUGAUUGAUCGGCCCUUGCGGCCAACCAUGCUCAAAGGCUUUUACCAUGAAACCCAAAUACUAUCUUGGGUUUUGAGUUAUGAUGGUUUGCACACUCCUGAUUGUUUGGCUAUUACGGCAGCUGGCAUAGCAGUUGCUCUCUCAGAAGUUCCUAAUUCAAAAGUAGUUGCUGGAGUUCGAAUUGGUCUUGUGGACGACAAGUUUAUUGUUAAUCCAACUAUGAAAGAGAUGGAAGACUCUAAGCUUGAUUUAGUACUUGCUGGCACAGACAGUGCAAUAUUGAUGAUAGAGGGCUAUUGUAAUUUUCUACCAGAAGAGAUAUUGCUCGAUGCUGUAGAAAUUGGGCAGAAUGCUGUGACAGCGAUUUGCAAAGAGGUGGAUGCUUUAGUAAGAGAAUGUGGGAAACCAAAAAUGCUCGAUGCAAUUAAGCUUCCUCCUCCUCAGCUAUAUAAACAUGUUGAAGAAAUUGCUGGAAAUGAGAUAGAAAAAGUCCUCCAAAUUAGAAACAAAAUUCCUCGAAGAAAGGCUCUCUCAUCAUUAGAAGAAAAAGUUAUUACCAUAUUGACAGAAGAAGGUUACGUCAGUACAGAUACUACUUCAGGGGGUCUAGAACCUAUACCUGAUUUGGUGGAGGAUGAAGAUGAGGAUGAUGAAGUGGUGGUUGAUGGUGAAGUCGAUGAAGGUGAUGUCCAUAUAAAACCAACUUCACGCAAGCCUGUUCUGACACUCUUUUCUGAGGUAGACGUGAAGUUAGUAUUUAAAGAAGUGACAUCCAAGUUUCUCAGGAGACGCAUUGUGGAGGGUGGAAGAAGAAGUGAUGGGAGGACACCUGUUGAGAUACGUCCAAUUAACUCAAGAUGUGGGUUACUUCCUCGGGCACAUGGCAGCACACUUUUCACUCGUGGAGAAACUCAGUCACUUGCAGUGGUUACACUUGGGGAUAAGCAAAUGGCCCAAAGAGUGGACAACCUUGUCGAUGUAGAUGAGUUGAAGAGGUUCUACCUUCAGUACUCAUUUCCCCCAUCAUGUGUUGGAGAAGUUGGGCGUAUUGGUGCACCCAGCCGAAGAGAAAUUGGUCAUGGUACGCUUGCAGAGAGAGCACUUGAACCAUCUUUACCUUCUGAAGAUGAUUUUCCUUAUACCAUACGUGUUGAGAGUACAAUCACUGAAAGCAAUGGCUCCUCGAGCAUGGCAUCCGUUUGUGGGGGCUCUUUAGCUUUGCAGGAUGCUGGAGUUCCAAUAAGGUGUCCAAUUGCUGGUAUAGCAAUGGGGUUGGUUCUUGAUACAAAGGAAUUUGGGGGAGAUGGAACUCCACUUAUUCUGUCUGACAUAACAGGAUCCGAGGAUGCUUCUGGAGAUAUGGAUUUUAAGGUUGCUGGUAACGAAAUGGGCAUAACAGCAUUUCAGAUGGACAUAAAGGUUGGAGGCAUCACUAUACCCAUUAUGAGAGAGGCGCUCCUGCAAGCUAAGGAUGGCCGUAAGCAUAUUCUUGCUGAAAUGUUGAAUUCUUCUCCUCCACCUUCGAAAAGACUUUCACAAUAUGCUCCAUUGAUUCAUGUCAUGAAGGUCCAACCUGAAAAAAUAAAUCUAAUCAUUGGUAGCGGUGGAAAAAAAGUGAAGAGCAUUAUAGAGGAAACAGGAGUCGAGGCUAUUGACACUCAAGAUGAUGGGAUAGUUAAAAUUACUGCAAAGGAUUUGUCGAGCUUGGAAAAAUCGAAAGCUAUUAUUAGCAAUCUGACGAUGGUUCCAACUGUGGGUGACAUCUAUAGGAACUGUGAGAUAAAGACGGUUGCUGCUUACGGUGUUUUUGUUGAGAUAGCACCUGGACGAGAGGGACUUUGCCAUAUUAGUGAGUUGAGCUCAGAUUGGUUGGCAAAGGCAGAAGACGCUUUUAAAGUUGGAGACAAAAUUGAUGUCAAACUCAUUGAGGUAAAUGAGAAGGGGCAGCUCCGCCUUAGCCGUCGUGCACUGCUUCCUGAUGCUGAUCAGGAUCCCAGUUCAAAGGAGAAUACAGAUAACCCCUCCAGAAACAAGAGUGCAGUUCAAAAGGGCCCUGAUAAAGCCACAUCAAAGAGAGCUGGAAGGGAGAACAUUGAACAAACUAAUGUUAAAGUGAGUAAUUCAUUGGAGGAUGCUGCAAAACUGCAAAAGAAAUUUAUACGGAAAGAAGUAAGCGCAACCAAAGACAGACCUAUAAGCAAAGAAAAGACGAAAAGCACAAGCAGUUAGUAGUAUCUCCAAUGCCAAACUUCAGUGAAUGAAAAGGCUGUAUUCAUAUGGGCUUAUUAUUUGUGUUAUACACAAAUUGUUUGUUGGUGUUGGUUCUGCAAGCAAGAAAAUUUGAGCUGGAAGGGCCACACAACUUCAAGAUUACCAAGGAAUAACGAAAACUGUGGUUUUUGUCCCAAUGACCUUGAUUGACAUGAAUGUACAGAAAUGCGACAGUAGCAGGAGCAAACGUGUAUACUCAUGUUUUUUACGAGUCGAAAGGAGAUCUAUUAACGUAACGGUACAGCUGCUGCAGAGUAAGCAGAAGCUCGUCCCAGAAUUCCUAUCUUUUGGUCCCUAACUUUUGGGUAAACAUUUAUUCAUAUGAAGAUUACUGCAUGUCCUAUUCGACUCUUUGAUAGAGCUUUCGUAAUGGAAUAGAUAUGGACACAUGGAAAUGAAUCCCUUAUGUUCUUGGAGCU